AUGUACGGCUGGACACCCGGAGAUCCUGGGUUCGAGUCCCGGGUCGAGCCAAGUUUAGUUAUUGAGUCUUUCUGUUGUCGGGUGAGAAGCGCGCGAGCGGCGGCAAGGAGCGGGCCGAGCGCGCGGGCGGCGGCGGUGGCGCGCGGGCGGCGGCGCGCGCGCGCAGCAUGGCGCCCGCGCCCCCUCGCGCCCGCGACCGCCGCGCCCUGGCUCAACGCCACGCUAGCGUACAACCUCUCCCGCAUCAACGCCACCUUCGACACCGACUACGAGCUACUCAACGCCAACGCCACGGACGACCACGACAACCACUGGUUCUGCGCGAAAUGGACUAGCGCUCAGCAGGAUCUCUUUCAGGCUGCAAAUUUAUGCUUCGCGAUCGCGUUCCUUGCACCGAAGAGUUUCAAACAGAGCAUUCUGGUACUACGCGCGCUGGCCGCGGCGGGCGCUGUGUUGAUGGGCAUGUGGGCGGGCGCCGAAGUGUGCGCGCCCGAUGUCCUAGCCUGGAACCUUGCUCUGGUCCUCGUCAAUUCUAUUCACACUGUCUUCUUAAUUAUAAGGUUUCUUCCACCGGCGUUGUCAUUAGAGCUGACUGAUUUGUACCUGAAACUGUUCAAGCCUCUGAAAGUGAAUAAGAAGCACUUUCAGGAGCUAACUCGGGAAGCGAGAGUCGUGAAGCUCGAGCCGGGAGAAGCAUACGCGGUCGAGGAAGUCACUCCGGCAGACGAAAGAUUGUCGAUAUUAUUGAAAGGAAAGAUGCGAGUGAGUUGCGACGAAACUCAUCUACAUUAUAUCCAGCCUUACCAGUUCGUCGACUCGCCCGAGUGGGAGGCGAACCGUGACCUCUCGGACGACGUCUUUCAGGUGACCGUGGUGGCGGAGGAGGUGUGCACGUGCGUGUGUUGGCCGCGCAUGCGCCUAGAGCGGGUGCUGCGUCACCGCCCUGCCCUCAAGGUCGUACUCGACUGUCUCAUAGGUAAAGAUAUAACGCACAAGCUGUAUUCUGUAAGUGAAGGCCUAGGCGCAGGGGUGACUGCAGAUGCGGAGGGUGCGCCCGCGCAUCUCACGCGCUCGGCCAGUGUGGACGCGGUGCACGAAGGCGCACGCGGCCGGCUGCGUAGCCUUGCGUGGCGUGCGCGAUCCACAUCCGUACAUACAAAAGGGAGUUCAUACUGGCAGCCAGUAGUAGCACGCCAGUUCCUCCGACAUUCACCAUUUGGACGUAGCGUGAUACCCCCGCCACGGCUACUGGCACAGGCGUCGUCUGCCAGCUUGCAGCCCGCCCGGCGGAGUCCGCCUCGGCGCACUUCGUUCCGAAGAAGCCGUGAAGUAAAGUUCGCGGAGAGCCCAGUGGAGCCACUG